AGAGAUAUUUUAUUUAUUCGAUAUAUAACUUUUAUCGAUAAAGAUAAAUCGACAUCAAAGUUGUGUAAUGAUCGGCAGCACUCCAGAUAAGGGAAAUGAAAUAAAGCAAUAGGUGUUGAUAAGAGUCGUGAACUCAAAUGUAGCUGCCUGCGACAAUGGAUCGUCCGAAUGUGAAAAAUCCGGUGGAAAAUGCAAACAUCUUCAAGAGACUAUUUUUCCUAUACACCAUUCCCAUUUUCAAAAAGGGUCGAAAGAGGGAAUUAAAUUUGGACGACGUUUACGGAAUACCCGAAAGCUUUGCGUCGAAAAGACUGGGAGAUGCUUUGGAGAAAACGAAAGAACUCAUGAGCAUCGAUGAGAAAUCGGUCUCGUUGAAGCAACUAUUGUGGAAACAUUACGCCAAGACGUAUCUUUUUUUGGGUGUGUUGCAGUUAAUCGUAAGAACAUCCAUCAUAGUCCUCCAACCGAUUUUUUUGGAAAAGUUCCUCAACUACUUCAAGGAUAAAUCCGCCUUUCCCAAGUCGUACGCUUACCAGUACGGUUCCGCCUUGAUCCUCAUCGGCAUCUUCCAGGUCAUCUACAAUCACAAUUACAUGCAACUGAUCUCGGAAUUCGGUAUCAGAGUUCGGACGGCCUUCACCACUUUACUCUACCGAAAAAUUCUCGUCAUUCACGAAAACGCUCUGUCCGAAAUCACAAUCGGAAAAGUCACGACGCUCCUCACAAAAGAUGUCGCAAUUUUCGAGAGAGUUUUUAUUUUCCUAAACGAUCUGUGGAUCGGAUUCUUUCAAAUAUGUGUGAUGUGUUAUAUCAUCUACAGAGAGGUACACGGCGCCCUUUUCGCAGGACUCGUGUGCUUAAUUCUGUUGACUCCUCUGCAAGUUUACAUGGGCAGAAAACUGACCUCGCAGAGAAUAUCGAUGGGAAAGAGGACCGAUUACAGAAUAGAAUCGACACAGGAGACUUUGAGUGCCAUCAAAGUGGUGAAAUACUACACGUGGGAACGGUUUUUCGAGGACAGGAUCACCGGAGCCAGAAAGGAAGAAAUAAAAAAGUUGCGCAACAUCUACUAUCUGAAGGCGUUGGGAUUGAUCCUUCCCGUGUUGAACCACAGCAUUUCCUUUUACCUGUUGGUGAUGACUUAUGCAUGGCUGGGACAUGCUCUGGAGGCGGGCACAGUUUUCUUCAUUCAUCAGUGCUACGGCAGUCUUCGAUCCUAUCUCCAAGUCACCAUACCGUUAGGCAUCAUCUCCAUUUCCGAACUGCUCGCCAGUUUGCAACGAUUCGACCAGUUGUUGGGGGCUGAAGAGAGAAAGACUGCCGCAGACGUCAAUGUCGAAGAACCGAAAAUUUAUUUGAACAAAGUGGCGGUCAAGAUCGAAGAGAAACAAGUGUUGAAUUACGUUUCCAUGAAACUGACGUCCGGACUGAACGUCGUCACCGGAAAUUACGGAAGCGGCAAAAGUACGCUGUUCAAGGUGAUCUUGAAAGAGUACAGCAUCUGUCAGGGAAUGAUGGACGUGCGCGGUUCGAUCUCGUACGUCUCCGAAGAUCCGUGGCUCUUUCCCGGCACCAUCAAGGACAACAUCCUCUUCGGACUCGAGUACGACACGGCCAGGUAUUUGGAGGUCCUGAAAGUGUGUGCGUUGAACAAGGAGAUAAACUCUAUGCCGAACGGCGAUGCCACUCUGAUCGGAGACGACGGGAUAAACUUGAGCAACGGACAGAAAACGAGGAUCGCACUGGCGAGAGCCUGUUACAGGAACACCGACAUUUAUCUGUUGGACGACUGUCUGAAAGGUCUGGACUCGAACGUCAGCAAGUAUAUUUUCAACGAGUGCCUGAAGGGCUACCUGGCUACCAAACUGGUUCUGUUCGUCACGAACAACGUGCACUACAUCAAACAGGCCGACCACAAAAUCAUCAUGGAAAACGGGACCACACCAACCAUCGAGAAGCAGAAGCAACUGCUCGACAAAAGGAUCACUUUUUACAUGGACGACGUCGACGAAGAUCACUUCAACAAAGAGUUACGAUAUAUCCAGGGAGACGAAGCCAACGAAAGCGACACCUUAUUGGAAAACAAGGAGAUCGCACAUAAUAAGCUGUACCAAGAAAAGGGAAAGGAAGGGACAGUUUCGUGGAAGGUUUACAAAAAAUAUUUGAAUUUUUAUGGCGGUUUUUGCAUCGUCUUCAUCGUAGUUCUGCUCUUCGUUCUCUAUCAAUGGACCACCAGUUACAGCGACACACUUUUGAGAGAUUGGAUCAACGUGGAAGACGAAAUAAGCAAACUUCGUUCCAACAACACAACCCAUACAAUAGGGAUGGGUCCUUCGAAAGAGAUUGAAAGAACCAAAAUAAUGUACAUUUACACUGUUCUCGUCUUUGGAUCAGCCGCAUUGGGAAUUAUCAAAUCGUUUUCCCAUUUCUAUUUUUCUUCGGUUUCUUCAGAGAAGCUGCACAAUUCUUUGAUUUCGGCAGUUUUGAAGUCUCAAAUGCAAUUUUUCUACGAGAACAAAGUCGGAAACGUUCUGAACAGGUUUUCGAAAGAUUUGUCUGGAAUCGACGAGAAUAUUCCUUUUCAGAUUUACGAAGUUUUCAGAGGUUUGUGCUUGUUGAUUGGCAGAAUUGUCGUAAUAGCAACGGUGAAAGUUCUCUUUUUGAUACCGUCCGCCUUUGUGCUUUUGAAGCUGUAUUUUAUAAGAAUGUGUUACAUCCCGGUGGGAAGAAGUCUGAAGCGUUUGGGCGCCGCAAGUGAGUAUAUUAAAUCAAAUGCGCCAAUAAUUGGACACAUAAACGCAUCGCUGGAAGGACUGAUAACGAUCAGAGCGUACAAAAUGGAGAACCACUACAAAAAAGACUUUGACCAGCACCUCGACGUUUUUACUUCUUCUCUGUACAUGGCCCAAUGCUCGUCCAGAGCUUUCGGUUUCUAUCUCGACUUGACGUGUCAACUGUUCCUCGCCACCAUCAUAAUUCAUUUCGUCAUCAGCAACCCAGUGAAAGCGGGAGAUGUCGGUUUGGCGAUCAUCCAGGCUUCCGCAUUGACCGGGAUGCUUCAGUGGGUGAUCCGUCAAUGGAGCGACUUCGAGAGUCAAAUGACCAGCGUGGAACGAGUGAUGGAGUACAUUGGAAAUCCGCCGGAAUCGACGCACGGCUCCAUCCCGGAAAACUGGCCCAGCGUCGGUAAAAUCGAGUAUCGAGGUGUAAUGCUGAGAUAUUUCAGAAAGUUUAAUUAUGCCCUGAAAGACGUCACUUUUACGAUCGAGGCCGGCAAAAAAGUGGGAAUCGUUGGGAGAACGGGAGCGGGAAAGAGUUCCAUCAUUUCGGCACUGUUUCGAAUGUAUCCGAUAGAAGGUAAGAUUCUGAUUGACGGAAUCAACAUUGCCGGGGUAAAGCUGGAACUGGUACGUUCCAGUAUCGCCAUAAUUCCGCAGGAUCCGGUUCUAUUUGCCGGCACGAUCAGAACCAACAUCGACCCUUUGGGCAAACACACGGACAUGGCAAUCUGGAAGACCAUAGAGAAAAUGAACCUGAAGGAUCUGGUGCAAUCGUUGGACUGCAACAUCGUGGAUGGAGGCAGAAACUACAGUUCCGGCCAAAGACAGCUCAUUUGUCUCGCACGAGCUUUGGUCAGCAAAAACAAGAUAAUCGUGUUGGACGAGGCAACGGCCAACAUGGAACCCGAACUCGACGACAAAAUACAAACGACGAUAAAGGAAUGCUUCCAAAAGUGCACCGUCUUAACGAUUGCCCAUCGAUUGAGGUCCGUCAUCAACUCGGACUUGGUGAUGGUGAUCGAGGACGGAGCGAUCAAAGAAUUCGAUGAACCGUCCGUUUUGUUAAAGAACGAAAAGGGUUUGUUCCAUCGAAUGAUGCAGAACGCGAACGAACAAAUCAAUUAUUUUAUACAAUAAAUUUCAUACUAAAUUGGUUCCUUUGUUGUAUUUUUUUAAGUUUAAGAACUGACCUUCAAACAAUUAGCGUAUACGAAACGGAUUGAGCAAUGUGAGAAAAUAUGCCAUUGUUGGAGUUUAAUUGUUUAGUCAGUAUUAAAGUUAUCUUUUGGAGAAA